GCCUACCUAAAAAGUUUCUAUGAUGAUGAAGUGUUGGUGUCGUUUGAGAACAAUUGGCAGCCAGAUAAACGAGUCAAGCUGUCAAAUGUACGUCUGCCACCAAAGCAGGGCUCUAGCAGGCCAGAACUGAGAGAAAAUGAACAGGUUGAGGUGUUUGGCAAGGUGAAGGAUGAAGAAGGAUUGGCCUGGUACCCAGCUAAGAUCAGGAUGUUGAAGGGAGAGUUUGCAGUGGUGGCCUCCCCAUGGGACGCCAAUGACAUCCUGCCUCUAGAUAGAAUCCGAGCUGUUAACCAUAAUCCACCAAUCACGAAGGAGUCAUUUUUUCAGUUUGUGCUCGAGGUGCCACCUGACCUCAGGGAGGGUUGCCAAGAGGAAACCGCAAUUCAGGAGUUCCGUAAACACAUUGGUGGGGCUAUGGUAUCUUAUAAUCCAGAGGACAAGUCCUUGCAUGUGCUGAGCACAAACCCGAGUGUCAUCAAGAGAGCCUCUAUGAUCGGGGAUAUGUUUUUACGGAACAUGCGGCAGAAGGUUCUACUGAAACAGCGUACAGAAGAGGCAGUCAAGAAACUUCAGAGUACUAAAAUCCGCUCAGGGUAUAUGGAGGAGUUCCAAGUCCGAGACGAGCUGAUGGGUCUAGCUAUUGGCACACAUGGCGCAAAUAUACAGCAAGCUCGGAAAGUUGAAGGCAUCACAGGGAUCGAGCUGGAUGAAGCUUCAUGCACAUUUAAGGUGUAUGGAGAGAGUCCGGAAGCUGUGAAGUCUGCUAGAGGUUUAUUAGAGUUCUCUGAAGAAACUUUCCAAGUGCCUAGAGACCUUGUUGCGAAAGUCAUAGGCAAGAAUGGCCGCAAUAUCCAAGAUAUUGUGGACAAAUCUGGAGUGGUCCGUGUGAAAAUUGAAGGAGACAACGAGCAUGAGGCAGAGAGAGAGGAAGGGCAAGUGCCAUUCAUCUUUGUUGGUACAAUGGAGAGCAUUAGUAAUGCCAAACUGUUGUUGGAGUACCACCUCGAUCAUCUCAAAGAAGUGGAGCAACUCCGCCAGGCCAAACUAGAGAUUGACCAACAGCUUAAGUCAUUAUCAGGACCCCAGCCAGGAUCCUACUUCCCACCUCCUAGAGACAGGAAGUGGGGAGGAUACCCAGACCAGUUUGAUGAUCGAAGAGGUCGAGGUGGCAGAGGAGGUCGUGGUUCUGGCAGAGGCCGUCGGUGGAAUACGGAUAGACAUGGGGAUGACUCAUCUAUGCCAGCGGCCGGAGUUGGCGACUGGUCAGCAGAGGUGGACGAGGACAAGCGGCAGGCAGGCUACCUGACAGACAGUGUUCUCAGUGGGCGGGGUAGAGGCAAUGGAGGCUACAGGCGGGGCAGCAGGGGAGGAGGUAUGAGGGGCAGAGGUGGUCUACCUCCUCGUGGAGCUGGUGGCUAUGAUGAUGAUGAAUCUCGAGACACCAGAUCACGCCGUAGAAUGACAGAUGAUGACGAUACGGUGCUUGAUAAUGCCAGUGUCACAAGCCAAGAUGCAGACUAUGAUCAACAAGACCGACAAAGACGGCAUAGGAGAAGGAAAAAUCGUCAGCGGGGAAACGGUAGUGCAGCAUCGGGAACAGAGACCGACACCAGUAUUUCAAAUUAUAGAGGGGAUCGCAACUCUGGCAGAGGUCGUGGAGGUUUUAAUCGGGGUCAUGAGUCAGAUUCAGGUCAUCCCCCUGGUAGUUCUACUUCUGGCAUGGGCCGCACAUCCAUCAGUCCAGGCUUGCAGACCAUUAACGGAGGUGGCGGGGAUCGCCCCAUCAAGCAGGAACCAGCUGCGAAGGAUCAACGAGAUGGACGCCCUCCCAGAGACACUCGACCUCGGGGGAGCAACAACAACUCGUCCACAACAGCAAGUACUCCUCAGAGUCAGAAAGUGGUCAGCAACCAUCACAGUGGCAGCGACUCUGACUCUAAACUUGCCAAAAAUAAAGUAAAUAACAACAGUGCCAAAGAAAAGGAGAGGAUAGUGAACGGAGAAUGA